AUGAACCUCUACUGUGAUUACUACAAGGGCUACGGGCACAAGACACAAGAUUGCUUCGCCCUGAAGGACGCACUGGAGCAAGCGAUCAGGGACGGAAAGUUAUCCGAAUUCUCCCACCUCAUUAGGGAGCCGAGGAGACGGAACCGAGAUCACGAAGGCGAAGACAAGACCCGGGCAGCAAAGCGACGCCAAGUGCCAGAGGACCACGACCACGGCCUUACCAUAGUGAACGUGGUAACGGCGAGAAACGUGGCGCCCAGGUCCAAGUCGGCACAUAAGAAAGACGCCAAAGUCCUGGCGGUUUUCACAUCCUCUGCGCGAAGCCACAAGAAGCUUCCAUCCAUUUCAUUUGGCUCGGACGACCAAUGGUUCGACGAGGUCGCGGAAAGCCCUCCCAUGGUCAUUACGGCCAGAGUGGGAACCGGCCUCGUCAAGUGGAUCCUUGUUGAUACAGGGGCAGAUUCGAACCACAUGUUCCGCAAUGUGUUCGACGCCUUGGGUUUAAAGGACGCCAACUUAAAGACUCACCAGCACGGUGUUGUAGGGCUCGGCGACCACUUUAUCAAGUCGGACGGGAUAAUCUCCCUGCCGACCUCCGUGGGACAACGCCAAGAGAGAAGAACGGUAAUGGCAGAGUUCGUGAUCCUACGAGACUUCACGGCCUACAACAUCAUCCUAGGGAGGAAGACCAUCAACGACCUAGGGGCGGUCAUCAGUACGAGGAUGCUGAUAAUGAAGUUCAUAACUGAAGAAGGAUCAGUAAGGUCUAUAAGAGGAGAUCUGGAAACGGCAGUCGCUUGCGACAACGCCAGUCUCUCGUUAAGAAAGAAAUCCAAAGAAGUAUCAGGAGUAUUCCUCGCUGACUUGGAUGCCAGAGUCAGCGACAAGCUGAGACACGAACCAGAAGGGAGCCUAGAAAAGUUUUGA